UGCCAAAUGGUUACAUACCCUGUAACAAAACAGAACUCGAGACCGUUUCGACUUUCGAUGGUUUGACUUUGUGAGGGUUCCAAUUUUCUAAUGAUACAUUUUCCCCUAAAAACAAUUCUAGUCUAUUAAGGUAAAAACAAUAUUAAUAUGUAUAACUAGUGCUAAAUAGCCUGUGGUGCUGCAACCAUUUAUUAUAGGAUCAAAUAUGGUUUAACUCUGAUAUUUUAAUUGGUAGUUUCAGCUAUCAGCUCUUUGAGCUAGAGAAACCAUGAAUAUGGGAGAGCAAGGGGCAAGCAUUUUACCAAAACCUGUUCCAUUAAUCACUGAAGUGAAUGCAACCCAUUUGAGAAAAGACCUGAACAAGGAUGAUAUUGCUGCUGAAGUGAAGCAGCAGCUUCAACUAGCAGGUCCCUUGAUAUGUGUUAAUCUCUUAACAUAUUGUUUGCAGGUGAUUUCAGUCAUGUUUGUGGGUCAUCUUGGGGAAUUAGCACUAGCUGGAGCUUCCAUGGCCACUUCUUUAGCUUCAGUAACUGGUUUCAGCUUGCUGAUUGGAAUGGCGAGCGCCUUGGAAACUUUCUGUGGCCAGUCCUAUGGAGCAAAACAAUAUCACAUGCUUGGUAUACACAUGCAGAGAGGGAUGAUUGUUCUUCUAGUUGUUAGCAUUCCUUUGGCUAUUAUAUGGUACAAUGCAGGCCAAAUCCUUUUGUUCUUGGGUCAAGAUCCAGAGAUAUCUGCCGAGGCUGGUCGAUAUGCUCGGUUCAUGAUACCAAGCAUUUUCGCUUAUGCUGUUACUCAAUGCCACACCAAGUUCUUGCAAACACAGAACAAUGUGGUGCCAAUGAUGAUUACUGCUGGAAUUACAACAUUACUACACUUCUUCAUCUGUUGGUUUCUGGUGUUUAAGUCAGGUCUUGGAAAUAGAGGUGCAGCCAUGGCAAAUGCAAUCUCUUAUUGGAUUAACGCCUUGUCAUUAGUACUAUAUGUCAGAAUCUCUCCUUCGUGUAAAAGUACAUGGACUGGUUUCUCUAUGGAGGCUUUUCAUGGAAUUAUCAAGUUUCUAAAACUUUCCAUUCCUUCAGCUGUAAUGUUAACGUUGGAAAUCUGGUCUUUUGAAAUGAUGGUCCUCUUAUCUGGCUUUCUUCCUAAUCCAAAGCUUGAGACAUCAGUCCUGUCAAUCAGCUUCAACACAUAUGCAUUGGUGUAUAUGGUACCUCUUGGACUCAGCGGGGUGAUUAGCACAAGAGUUUCAAAUGAAUUGGGUGCUGGGAGGCCACAAAUAGCUCGUUUAGCACUAUGUGUUACACUGUGCAUGGUUGUUACAGAAGGUACCUUGCUGGCUGCGGUCAUGAUAUUAGGCCGCCGAAUGUGGGGCUAUUGUUACAGCAGAGAAGAAGAAGUUGUGGAUUAUGUUGGGCAAAUGUUGAUUUUGAUCUCAAUUUCCCAAUUCUUCGACGGAAUUCAAUCCAUUCUCUCAGGCAGUGUUAGAGGCUCUGGGAGGCAAAAGAUUGGUGCUUUUGCUAAUUUGGCAGCUUAUUAUCUUGUGGGCAUACCUGUGGCCAUAGUUCUAGCCUUUGUUUUCCACAUUGGUGGGAAGGGGCUUUGGAUGGGAAUCAUAGUGGCCUUAAUCAUGCAAGCAUUGUGUCUUGCUAUUCUAACAAUAUACACUGAUUGGGAAAAAGAGGUGAAUAAUGCUUCAGAUAGAGUACAUAGCACAAAAGCUGCUAUUUGUGAUGAACUAUCAUGAUGCUAGUGUGAUAAUUCAUUAUAAAUGUCUAAACAUGUAUUUACUCUAAAAUACAAGUAUAAUCCUUUUGAAAUAUCAAAAUUACUCUUUUAUAAUGCACCUAAAUAAACACAACUAACUAUUGUUCUAA